GAAUGCAGUGUGUCGAGUAUUUUUCAAGAAAGUCAUUUGUAAAAGCGUACAUCAAUGAAGAGAAAAUGGAUUUCAUCACUGUCUUUCGACAAUUGCUUCCCGCGAACGAUUAAGAAAGUGAAAUUUACAAAAUUAUAGUAUAAUGUCUAUUAACAGUUAACAGUUGCCCUCAGAGAGGGGAGAAAAUAUAAAGACAAGUUCCGAAACAUGAAAUAGCCAGUUUUACUCCGACAAGACAAAACUGACGAUUCAUUCGAAGAAUAUAUACACGAGUUAAUAACUCGACGAUUUUUUAAUAUUUCCAUUAAACAUGCGUGUGUUAAUUGUUUUUGUUUUAACUGUAUUUGUAUUCGUAGCUUCUGUCGACGCACAGGACAUUUCGAAUCUCCUGAUGGAUAGAAAUUACGUGCAAAAGCAAAUCAAUUGUAUUUUGAAUCGAGGCCAUUGCGAUCUCAUAGGGAGAAAAAUUAAAGGACUGUUACCGGAAGCGUUGAAUAACAAUUGCCGACGCUGUACAUACCGACAGAUGGAACACGCGCGAACGUUGGUCGGAUUCAUGAAACGAAAUUAUCCCCGUGAAUGGCAUUCAAUUGUCGGAUCCUACGGUGCGAUGCAGCAUGCUUAGACGUAAUAAUUGAAAAGUACGACGAAAUAACAAUAAUCGACGUAGCUGAUCACUUCAAGCUGAUGUACUUGAAUAAAUAGUUUAGAGCCUUAACGGAUUAACUCAUAUGAAUCAAACGCUAAAUAAAAUGAUUACAAAUUGUAGUAAUCUCUAAUUUAUUUAAAUUGUUACAUUUUAAAUGAUGUAUGAAUACUUCUUUGAGCGCUUCAGGUGUCCUUCUAAAAAAUUCCUUAUUUAUUCAUUAAUCUGUAAUAGAUUAAGCAUAAUUAUUAUUAAAUGACAUAGUAACGACUCGAUAGAAGUCGAUACGUAGUAUGUAGAAGUGUAUGUAUGAAAUUUUCUUCGACUCUAAUUAAGAAUCUAUUUACAUAGUACGAAGGUUAAGGGAUAAGAUAGAAAGUUUUGAUCCUACCAGUCGGCUUUUCGCAAUAUGGUAGAAUGAUGAAGUGGGUUGAAACCGAGAUACGGUGCGCAUGCUAAUUAGUAUGAUGAUUCUAAUGUCGAAACGAAUGUACAUAGUAUAAGUAACGUACUCUAUAAGUUUUUUUUAUUAUUAAUUAUUAGGAAAUUCAACGAAGCAACCAGAGAAUUCAUGACGCGCGUUAAUAAGGAAGAAUAAUUGUUGCUUAAUAGUAAAACUGACUUUCCUGUUAUACAUCACAUUGUUCUUAUAUAAAUGUUAUAUUAAAGAACAAUACUGCGUAUGGGCACAUAAGAAUUCGUUUAACUUUAUACCAAGUAUUCGAAUAUUGAUCAAACUUCCGACCAAACAAUACGCAACCGGAAACAUUACUUAUAUAAUUUCUUCCUGAACAUAUUACCGACUGAUGUAGAUUGUAAGACCGCCAAAUACAGCUUUAACGUCGCAUUGUCACUAAUGAUAAUCCUUGAACAGAUAUGCAAAGUAAAUUCGCGAUGAUCUUUGUCUGAACACGACAGAAUAAUGAAGAAUGAUCUCUUCAUUAUUCUCGAGAGCACGUUAUUCGUGUUAUACUGUUUCUAUCGUACUUGUACUUAAUAUGCAAGACCAUUAUUGGUGGUCAGCGAAAUGCAAGGUUGUGCUUCGAUUUUCACGGAAACAUUUUGCUUUCAUAUUAGAUGCGUUUCAAGCGCACGCAUAAUUCUACGUGCACACAAGGAAAAUGAACAGAAGUUCGUCGAGUAUUAAUUUCUGCUUAAACGAACAAAACGAACACGAAGAUUUUCAGGUCACGGAUACAAUCGAGCACGCGUCAGCAAAAUUUUUGCGAGAACCAAAGUAAACUAUUUAGCGUGUUUUGAUUUUCUCAGCCUUAUGGGACAACAAAACGUAAUAUACUAAACCAUUACUCUUUAAUUAUAGAUUCAAGAUUUAUUUUAAUUCGAUAAAUAUUAAUGUUCAAAUGGGCGAUUUUCAAAUAAAUGAAAUCGAGUUCGUUGGAAUUGACGUCAGACACUCCGCGAAAUGUUCAUUAUAAGUCCACGAACGAGUUUAUUGAUAAUCUAAAGUAGCAUUCUUAGCAUUAAAGCGAAGAGAUGACAGUGACUUUUAAACUAAUCAAGAGAACCGUAGGACAACAGCGAAUAUUGUUUCCUUAUAGGAUACUUUCUAGUAAAAUAGUUCCCCACUUAUAUUAGAAAUUGUUUAUCGAACGACAUUUUCACGGAAAACGCUGAUGUAUAUAUAACGACGGCGAAGAAGAAAGUUUCGUUCGGUGGCUUCGAUACAACCAGUCGUACGAAUCGGUUGUAUCGUUUGUUAUGUUAUGUUAAUAAUGAUAUAAAAACUUGUUAAAUCGAACAGAACUUUACAAAUGUACGUGAUUAUGUGCGUGCUGUUUG